AUGGCGCAAGCAGGUCCGAUCACGGACGUCACUCAGAGGCUCUUUCUUGAGUUGAAGUCGAAGAACGAGGAUACGCGGGUCAGAGCUGCUUACGAGCUUUACGAAAACGUCCUUGCUAUCUCUAGAGACUGGCCCCCCGAGAAGUUUAUCGAAUUCUACAAUGCCGUCAGUCAACGUAUCGCCCAGCUCGUCGUCACCGGCAGCGAUGCGCACGAACGAAUCGGAGGACUACUCGCUCUCGAUCGUUUAAUAGAUUUUGAGGGAGUGGAUAAUGCCCAAAAGACAACUCGAUUCGCUAGUUACCUGCGCAGCGCUCUCCGCAGCAGUGACAAUGCGGUUUUGGUCUACGCCGCGCGGGCACUUGGUCGGCUAGCCAAGCCUGGUGGUGCUCUUACGGCAGAACUCGUCGAGAGUGAAAUACAGUCGGCGCUGGAAUGGCUUCAGUCAGAACGGCAGGAAGGCCGGCGGUUCGCUGCCGUUUUGGUCAUCCGGGAGCUAGCCAAGGGCUCACCUACGCUCCUCUAUGGGUUUGUGUCUCAGAUAUUCGAACUUAUCUGGGUUGCUCUCAGGGAUCCAAAGGUACUUAUUCGGGAGACCGCCGCCGAAGCUGUGAGCGAAUGUUUCGAAAUUAUCGCCGCAAGAGACAUGCAGGUCCGGCAGUUGUGGUUCGCGAGGAUAUACGAGGAGGCCCUUUUGGGGUUAAAGUCUAACAACAACGUCGACUGGAUACAUGGAUCACUGUUGGUUCUCAAGGAACUCCUGUUGAAGGGUGCCAUGUUUAUGAACGAGCAUUACCGGAAUGCAUGUGAAAUUGUCCUUCGCCUCAAGGACCACCGAGACCCCAAGAUCCGGACACAGGUCGUGCUGACGAUUCCAAUUCUCGCCUCUUAUGCUCCCGUCGAUUUUACAGAAAUCUACCUUCAUAGAUUCAUGGUUUAUCUACAAGCCCAACUAAAACGAGACAAGGAGCGAAACGCUGCUUUUAUCGCUAUUGGGAAGAUCGCAAAUGCCGUUGGUGUUGCCAUUGCACAGUACUUGGAUGGAAUCAUUGUUUAUAUCCGAGAAGGUUUGGCUCUGAAAGCACGGAACCGAGCCCUGAUCAACGAAGCGCCCAUGUUCGAAUGUAUCAGUAUGCUGUCAUUAGCAGUGGGGCAGGCCUUGAGCAAGUACAUGGAGUCACUGCUUGAUCCCAUAUUUGCUUGUGGGCUGAGCGAGUCCUUGACCCAGGCUCUUGUUGACAUGGCUCAUUACAUACCACCAAUCAAGCCUACGAUUCAAGUGAAGCUGCUGGACAUGCUUAGUCUGAUUCUUGAUGGAACUCCUUUCCGACCUCUUGGCUGCCCUGAAAGCAGACUUCCUCCAAUGCCGUCAUUUGCAAAGGAUUUCACCUUGCAGGAACUACAUGCUGACACUGAAAUCGCGUUGGCUCUACACACGCUGGGAAGCUUCGAUUUCUCAGGUCAUAUACUCAACGAGUUUGUGCGCGAUGUUGCCAUCAACUACGUUGAGAAUGACAACCCUGAAAUCAGAAAGGCGGCCGCCCUUACUUGCUGCCAGCUGUUUGUUCAUGACCCAAUCAUCAACCAGACCAGUAGCCACUCAAUACAGGUCGUGAGUGAAGUUAUCGAUAAGCUUUUAACAGUUGGCGUUGGUGACCCAGAUCCCGAAAUCCGGCGUACUGUCUUGUGGUCUUUGGACCGCAAAUUUGACCGACACCUUGCCCGGCCAGAGAAUAUUCGUUGCUUGUUCUUGGCGGUGAAUGAUGAAGUCUUCUCCGUCAGAGAGGCCUCGAUCUGCAUCAUCGGUCGGCUCUCAAGCGUCAACCCAGCUUAUGUGUUCCCACCGCUGCGAAAGCUCCUAGUCAAUCUGCUCACGGGGCUUGGCUUUGCCAGCACUGCCCGACAAAAGGAGGAAAGUGCGCAACUCAUCAGUCUGUUCGUAUCGAAUGCGACGAAGCUUAUACGGUCUUAUGUUGAUCCCAUGGUGACCACGCUACUUCCAAAGGCAACUGACGCCAACCCUGGCGUGGCUUCCACGACGCUUAAAGCUGUGGGAGAACUUGCAAGUGUUGGAGGUGGUGACAUGAAGGCAUACCUGCCCAAGCUUAUGCCGAUCAUUCUAGACUCGUUGCAGGAUCUUUCUUCACAUGCCAAGAGAGAAGCAGCUUUGCGAACAUUGGGUCAGAUAGCCAGUAACUCUGGCUAUGUUAUUGAUCCAUAUACCGAGUACCCCCAUCUUCUCGUGGUUCUCAUCAACAUCAUCAAGACGGAGCAGACAGGAUCCCUGCGAAAGGAGACCAUCAAAGUUCUGGGGAUUCUUGGCGCCUUGGAUCCCUACAAAUACCAGCAAAUCAGCGAGACCGCCCCGGAUGUUCAUCACAUCAAUGAGGUACAGACAGUGUCAGAUGUUAGCCUCAUCAUGCAAGGGCUUGCCCCUUCCAAUGAAGAGUACUACCCAACUGUCGUGAUCCACACCCUCAUGCAGAAUAUACUCCGCGAAAACUCACUUGCACAGUAUCAUUCUGCCGUUAUUGAUGCCAUCGUCACAAUCUUCAAGACCCUGGGCCUCAAGUGCGUGCCAUUCCUUGGCCAAAUUAUUCCUGGUUUCAUAUCCGUCAUUCGCGGUUCGCCUUCUAGCCGCCUCGAGUCUUACUUUAACCAAAUGGCCAUUCUCGUCAACAUCGUGAGGCAGCACAUUAGGGCUUUCCUUCCCGAGGUCAUCGAGGUUAUUCGAGAAUUCUGGGAUGCCUCUUACCAAGUACAGGCUACCAUCCUCUCACUCGUGGAGGCCGUUGCCAAGUCUCUUGAGGGCGAAUUCAAAAAGUACCUCGCUAAUUUGAUUCCUCCAAUGUUGGAUACCCUUGACAAGGACAUCACACCGCGCCGGCAACCUUCGGAGAGGAUUUUGCACACGUUCCUGAUCUUUGGACCCAGCGGUGAAGAGUACAUGCAUCUGAUGGUCCCGUCGAUUGUACGGCUAUUUGACAAUGCCCAAAAUCCACAGAGUAUAAGAAAGUCGGCCAUUGAUAGUCUGACUAAACUCUCACGACAAGUAAACGUUUCUGAUUUUGCAUCAUUGAUUGUCCAUUCUCUGUCACGAGUCGUUGCUGGCAGUGACCGUAUGCUCAGGCAAGCUGCUAUGGACUGCAUCUGUGCGCUCAUCUUCCAGCUUGGGCAAGAUUUUAACCACUAUAUCCACCUGCUGAAUAAGGUCUUGAAGCUUCACCAAGUCACCCAUGUCAACUAUCAGAUCUUAGUGACGAAGCUUCAAAAGGGUGAUCCGCUUCCGCAAGACCUCAAUCCCGACGAGAGCUACGCAACACUAGCUGACGACGCCAAUUAUGCCGAGAUUGGCCAAAAGAAAAUGGUGGUCAACCAACAGCAUCUAAAGAAUGCCUGGGAUGCGUCGCAAAAAUCAACUCGCGAGGAUUGGCAGGAGUGGAUCCGCCGUUUCAGCGUCGAGCUUUUGAAAGAGUCACCUUCACCGGCACUGCGUGCCUGCGCCAGUCUGGCAGGUAUCUACCAGCCGCUCGCGAGAGACUUGUUCAACGCCGCAUUUGUUUCAUGCUGGACAGAGCUGUAUGAUCAAUACCAAGAAGAGUUGGUGCGGUCGAUAGAAAAGGCUCUCACUUCACCCAAUAUCCCUCCAGAGAUUCUGCAGAUCCUUCUCAACCUCGCUGAAUUCAUGGAGCACGAUGAUAAAGCGCUACCAAUUGAUAUCCGCACACUAGGAAAAUAUGCAGCCAAGUGCCACGCUUUUGCCAAAGCUCUACAUUACAAGGAACUGGAGUUUGAGCAAGAUCAAAACUCAGGAGCGGUAGAAGCCUUGAUCACGAUCAACAAUCAGCUUCAGCAAUCCGAUGCUGCUAUCGGUAUUCUUCGAAAAGCCCAGGCGUAUCGGGACGUCGAACUAAAGGAGACUUGGUUUGAGAAGCUUCAACGUUGGGAGGAAGCCCUUGCUGCCUACAAACGUCGCGAGAAGAUCGACCCAGACUCCUUCGGCAUUACAAUGGGAAAGAUGCGAUGUCUACACGCUCUGGGAGAGUGGAAAGUGUUGUCCGAUCUAGCACAAGAAAAGUGGAACCAGGCAUCGCUGGAGCAUCGAAAGUCUAUUGCUCCGCUAGCCGCCGCGGCCGCUUGGGGUCGAGGCCAGUGGGAGCUUAUGGAUUCCUACCUUGGUGUCAUGAAGGAGCAUUCACCCGAUCGAUCUUUCUUCGGCGCUAUUCUGUCAAUUCAUCGCAACCAGUUCGACGAGGCUGCUUUGUAUAUUGAAAAGGCACGUAAUGGUCUUGAUACCGAACUUUCAGCGCUUCUCGGAGAGUCAUAUAACCGGGCAUACAACGUUGUUGUUCGCGUGCAAAUGCUCGCUGAACUCGAAGAGAUUAUUACGUACAAGCAAAACGUCGGUGAUCCAGAAAAGCAAGAAGCCAUGCGCCAGACCUGGAACAGGCGACUCCUUGGGUGCCAGCAGAAUGUCGAGGUAUGGCAACGUAUGCUCAAAGUCAGAGCACUCGUCACCGAGCCGCGCGAAAAUCUUGACAUGUGGAUCAAGUUCGCUAAUCUCUGUCGCAAAUCCAAUCGCAUGGGUCUCGCCGAACGCUCUCUUGCAUCGCUAGAAACAGUACUCUCGGAUGGUAACGGCGGCACCAGGACCAUCUCGCCUCCAGAGGUCACGUAUGCCCGUCUCAAGUUCAGCUGGGCAACUGGCCGUCAACGGGAGGCACUUCAGAUGCUCAAGGAGUUUACGGGUAGUCUUACAGAAGACUUUACGCGGUUCAAUGCUCUAGUAGCCUCACAAUCUGACCACAAUGGCAUAAACGGCGGCGUCAACGGCAUCACUGAGGGCAACCAUACAGAUAUCAAGGGUCUGAGAGAGCGCGUUGGCGAUGUCAACAAGUUCCGUAAGUUGCUUGCCAAGAGUUAUCUCAGACUUGGAGAAUGGCAGACGACCCUGCAACGCGGUGACUGGCGGCCAGAACAUGUCCGCGAGGUGCUCAAUGCGUACUCGGCGGCGACCAGGUACAACCGCGAGUCUUACAAAGCCUGGCAUUCUUGGGCCUUGGCAAACUUUGAAGUCGUCACGACCAUCGCUAGCCAGGCGAACAGAGAGGGCGGGAACCUGGCCAUGGUACCUGGUCAUAUUGUGACGGAACAUGUGAUCCCCGCUAUUCGUGGUUUCCUCCGGUCUAUUGCAUUGUCAUCAACAUCUUCCCUGCAAGACAUUUUGCGGUUGCUGACGCUCUGGUUCAAUCAUGGCGGUGACCAGGAGGUCAACACGGUUGUUACCGAGGGCUUCACAGCAGUAAACAUCGACACAUGGCUUGCAGUCACCCCUCAGCUUAUCGCGCGGAUAAACCAACCCAACUUUAGGGUUAGAAACUCUGUUCAUCGUCUGCUGGCAGAAGUUGGCAAGACGCAUCCGCAAGCACUUGUGUAUCCGCUGACAGUGGCAAUGAAAUCAAACGUCGCCCGUCGGUCACAGUCCGCAAGCAACAUCAUGGACAGCAUGCGACAACAUAGUGCCAAGUUGGUUGAGCAAGCCGACCUUGUCAGUCACGAACUGAUUCGAGUCGCCGUCCUUUGGCACGAGCUUUGGCAUGAAGGUUUGGAAGAAGCCUCACGACUCUACUUUGGCGAUCACAAUGUGGAAGGGAUGUUUUCCACCUUGGCACCGCUUCAUGAGAUGCUUGACAAGGGGGCCGAGACACUGCGCGAGGUGUCGUUUGCUCAAGCCUUUGGACGUGAUCUCGCCGAGGCGAAGCACUACUGCAUGCUCUUCCGCGAGACGGAAGAGAUUGGCGACCUAAAUCAAGCUUGGGAUCUCUACUACACAGUCUUCCGCAAGAUCAGCCGACAACUACCGCAACUGUCCACGCUUGAUCUGAAAUAUGUCUCGCCCAAGCUAAAGGACUGCAUGGACCUUGAUCUGGCUGUGCCUGGCACUUACCAGCCUGGUAGACCCAUUAUCCGAAUCAUCAGCUUCGAUCCUAUUCUACAUGUCCUUCAAACCAAGAAACGGCCACGAAGGAUGACAUUAAAGGGAAGCGACGGCAAUUCCUACAUGUAUGUAGUAAAGGGCCACGAAGAUAUCAGACAGGACGAGCGGGUUAUGCAGUUGUUCGGCCUAGUCAACACUCUUCUCGACAACGACAGCGAGAGUUUCAAGCGGCACUUGACAGUACUGCGGUUCCCCGCCAUUCCACUCUCGCAGAAUUCUGGUCUCAUCGGAUGGGUCACCAACAGCGACACGCUGCAUGCCUUAAUCAAAGAAUACCGCGAGACGCGCCGUAUCCUCCUCAACAUCGAGCAUAGGAUCAUGUUGCAAAUGGCACCGGACUAUGAUAAUCUAACGCUCAUGCAAAAGGUAGAAGUCUUUGGUUACGCCAUGGACAAUACGACUGGCAAGGAUUUGUACCGCGUUCUGUGGCUAAAGAGUAAGAGCUCCGAGGCCUGGUUGGAGCGGCGAACCAACUACACUCGGUCACUCGGUGUCAUGUCUAUGGUUGGCUACAUCUUGGGGCUGGGCGAUCGUCAUCCUUCCAAUCUCCUACUCGACAGAGUCACUGGUAAAGUGGUUCAUAUUGAUUUUGGCGACUGUUUCGAGGUUGCCAUGCAUCGGGAGAAGUAUCCGGAGCGAGUGCCUUUCCGUCUGACCCGUAUGUUGACAUUUGCGAUGGAGGUCAGCAACAUUGAGGGAAGCUACCGUAUUACUUGCGAAGCCGUAAUGCGAGUGAUACGCGACAACAAGGACUCGUUGAUGGCUGUUCUGGAGGCCUUCAUUCAUGACCCCUUGAUCAACUGGCGUCUCGGGAUCCGCGAGUCGCCCGAUCGAAUGCCAUUCAACGCAGAGCGACGCCAAUCCAUCGUCUCUAAUGUCAAUCUUGAACAUGGCGUUCAGCCUAGCAACUUCUCCCGCCAUCGUAGGCCCUCGAUUCUCGAGGGUGGCAUUUUGGACGCUCAAGAAGGCGUUCCCAACGAAGCUCGCGAGGCACAGAACGCGAGAGCAGUGCAGGUUCUGGGACGAGUGCGCGAGAAACUGACUGGGCGAGACUUUAAGCCCAACGAAGAGCUCAAUGUGAGCGACCAGGUCGACAAGCUGCUUGCGCAGGCGACCAGUGUCGAGAACAUUUGCCAACAUUGGAUUGGAUGGUGCAGCUUCUGGUGA